AACGAUAUUCGGUGGUGGUUUUUAAAUAACCAUUUAAACGAAGUGAAAGAUACUCACAAAUAAGUUAAACUUUACCGGUCAUAGAAAAAUGACGGACUUUGUGACAAACGUUGAGGUGAGAAAAACUAACAGUUUUCGAAACAAGACAAACGGUGAUAUACCACGGACUAGUAGUUUUCAAGACAGGAUAGAGAAAAAUGGAUCUGAAACACCCGGGGGAAAUGAAAUUGAGGACAUUUUGCGGAGACAAGGGGCAAGCACAGAUACACCACGCCGUGGUCGCCAACCGAUACGUUCAAACUCUCCUCUGAAAGGAUAUACCACAUACUCCCCCACCCGAGAAAGGUCGACGUCACCCAUGCGUCGAGAGCGUUCCUACUUACGUUCGACGUCACCGGAUAAGCUUCCGUUCCGGAAGUCAGCUAUUUGGUCACAGUGGGAAGUCAAUGAUAAAGGGAAGGAGUGUCUACAAGAGUAUAAUAUAAAACAGAUGACGGGAUUGUAUGGGAAGGAUUUGCGGGGUCGGGUGGAUGUAGCUUCCGAGUGGUACCGGACCCACGGGUUGGACCGCAGCAAGACACAGACGGAAGCAUUAGAGUGGUUUUCCGAGGAGAUGAAGGCCCGGGAACAGUUGAAGGAAGAGAAAAACAUCAACAAGCUGUCUCACCGGAACCGAGUACAGAGGACGCCAUCCCUGGACGCCAUACGGGCCCGCGAGCAGAAGUUCACAAAUGACGCAAUUGUUACAGAGAGAAGGCGGACGCGGUUCAAGGACAUCAUCCCUCAAUAUGACGCCUCUGCCGAUCGGCAUUGUAAGGCGUACUUUAAGCGUCAGGACGUCCAACAACUCAUCGGUGUCACCAGGUCGAGAGAGUAA